AUGAACUCCGCAGCCAGAUUGGGGAACGCCGGGACCAUCUACCGUACGUCGUUGGAUGGACAUAGACAAGACGAACGCCGCCAGACUGUAGAAGCAGGGAAACGUUUGCGAACCAGAGGCUUUGAGCUUUUGGGAACAUCAAAGAGAAACAUCACGAUGGAUACUAUGCAUCUUGCACCAAGCUUUGCUGCCGACGUUGGUAGCAAGGUCGCGGGUUCAUCCGCAAAGGAGCAGGUCGCCAAAGAUAGCUCGUCAGAGGCAAGGUUUUCUGAGCAUUCGCAUCAACCCCAGAAUCCCCGCUCCUCAUGUCCACGACCACACAAGCUGGUGCUAUGCUUCGAUGGCACUGGAAACAAGUUUCGAGGGGACGAAAGCGAUAGCAACAUUCUCAAGAUAUUUAGGAUGCUUGACCGCACGGCUAGAGAUCAAUACCAUUACUACCAGCCGGGUAUCGGGACUUAUGUCGUCUCCAACAACCUUUCGCAUGGCUCACUUAGGGCACGCUUCAAGGCCAACAUGCAAAAGGCAAAAGACAGCGCCAUCGGGUCAUCGUUUGACCAGCACGUCGUUGGCGGAUACCGCUUCCUGAUGAGGUUCUACUCGCCCGGUGAUGAGAUUUACAUCUUCGGCUUCUCGCGUGGUGCCUACAUCGCCCGGUUCCUUGCCGAGAUGCUCGACUACGUCGGACUACUUUCGCACGGAAAUGAGGAGAUGGUGGCGUUUGCUUGGCGAGCUUUUGCCCAGUGGCAAUGCCGUCGGGGUGCGGGUGGAGACGCCGAACAUGGCGAGGCAGAGCCUUUUACGGAGCAAAAGGCUGAGAUCGACGCCGAGCCGGACGAGAAGAAAAAGGCAAAGCUCAGAAAGAAUAUGCGCAAUGUCCGGGAAGCCAUGGACAAGGACCGCGCCAAGGUGGACGAGCUUUACACCUUCCUCAAGGGAUUCCGCGAAACCUUCUCCCGGCCCGUGCGCCGCAUCCGCUUCCUAGGUCUGUUCGACACGGUCAACAGCGUCCCACGCUUUGAGACGGCUUGGAUGGAGCGUCACGGCUCCAAGUUUCCCUACACGGCUCGGACUUCAGCCAAGGUUAUUCGACAUGCUGUUAGUAUCGACGAAAGGAGAGCCAAGUUCCGUCAAGACUUGAUCUACCAAAGUAGGAGUGAGGACAAUGGCGACAAGAAGGAGAACCGGCUCGAACAGAAACUGCACCACAUGCGAGACAAGUACCGUUGCCACCACAACAAGCUUCGCAAUGUUCCAGACCCCAGGAGCAGCUUGGAUGGCGAGGCGGACCCACCACGUGGUCGCCGUGUAUCAAAGCAGCUGGAUGAUGAAGACAAGAACGAACAGGAGCGUCACUUGUCGCCAGGUCUUUCUAUGGAACAGCCCGAACGAUACCGAAUCCGAAGUCGGAGUCGCUCGCGGUCUCUAGCGCCUUCCAUGCGGCACGCCGACUUCACCGACAUACCCGACGCAUCCGACGUCGAAGACGGCUUCGACUCCGAAGACGAAACGGACCAGGACAUCGAUGAGGUGUGGUUUUCAGGCGGUCACGGCGACGUCGGCGGCGGGUGGAGCGUAAAGCCUGGCGAGGGCAAUGCCAGCCACGUCCCACUGGCAUGGAUGGUGCGCGAGGCGAUGCGGGCCGGCCUGACCUUUGACAUGGAAAAGGUUGUGUCGAUGGGUUGCGCAGGCCCCAACUGCCAGCGCCCACCACAACGUGUACCCAACAUCCGGGUCAACAGCAUUCCCCAGUCGAGUAUCACACUGACCGACACAGAAACGGCGGUCGGGUAUGGCGAGCAUCACACGGCGCCGAUCCACGACUCGCUUGCUUUCAAUGGUGGCCUCACGCACAUGGCCACGCUGUCGUGGCGCUUGAUGGAGUGGCUUCCCUUUCGCCGCAUGGAUCUACAGCCUGAUGGCAGUUGGCAGCCAAUCCGAUGGCCUCUGCCACGUGGCGAGACCCGAGACAUGCCUGCAGACGCGAGGAUCCACGGAAGUGUCAUCAAGAGAAUGCAGGCCGAUGAAAACUAUCGUCCGGGUAAUCUCAUCGUGGGUGGGGGCGGAAGAGGUCUUCGAAGAGCACCCAAAGAAUAUGGUAUGGGUGAGUGGGUAUGUGUUGGUGACGAGGGCGAUGAGAUUGGUGAGGUUUGGGUAAAGAAGUUGACCUGA